UUUCUGCAUCCCUUCUGGUUUUUACUAAUCUUUCUGCUCGUGUGGAAUGUACCACAUGCUUCAGUAACACAACAAGUAUGUAUACUUGUGCAAAAAGAACAAACUUUGGAUCUCAGUCAGAAACCGAUACAAGUAUCUGAGGGCUUCAGUGCAUUUGAGAUUUCAUCCCAGCACCAGAAAGACUCCAGUGAGAUUUGGAGUGCUGAAGAGAUAGUGGAAAGAAGACUUGCUGUUUCCAUUCCAUGGAUCCCUUGGGUGCUCCUUCCCAAUUUGUGGAUAUUGAUUCUCUGCCAGCCUGGAAUGACUACUGUGAGGCAGACCAACUGGACUCCCACAAAACUCAAGUUGAAAAACCCCAGCUUGAAGCUAGAUCACCUUUUCCAUACAGGAAAGACAUCAAUGCAAAAAUAAUAUUGUGGAAAGGAAAUGUAGCAUUACUGAACUGCACAGCCAUAGUAAACACCAGCAAUGAAUCUCUCACAGAUAAGAAUCCGGUAUCUGAGAGCAUCUUCAUGCAUGCUGGUCCCGACCUGAGGGAUGAACUCCAGAAACUCAAAGGAUGCCGGACGGGGGAGGCAAAACUGACAAAAGGAUUUAACCUGGCUGCACGAUUCAUUAUUCACACUGUGGGACCCAAAUACAAGAGCAGAUAUCGCACAGCAGCCGAGAGCUCCCUGUAUAGCUGCUACCGCAAUGUCCUGCAGCUUGCAAAGGAGCAGGCAAUGUCCUCAGUGGGAUUCUGUGUCAUAAACUCUGUGAAAAGAGGCUACCCUUUGGAGGAUGCAACCCACAUAGCACUGCGCACAGUCAGAAGGUUCCUGGAGAUUCAUGGAGAAACGCUGGAGAAGGUGGUGUUUGCAGUCUCUGAGAUUGAACAGGCCACUUACCAGAAGCUGCUGCCUCUGUAUUUUCCAAGGUCAUUGGAAGAAGAAUGUCAUUCCUUACCAUGCCUUCCUGCAGAUAUUGGCAAUUCAGAAGGGGAGCCAGUAGUACCAGAGCGACAGAUCAGGAUCAGUGAAAAACCAGGUGCUCCAGAUGAUAACUCGGAUGAGGAGGGGCUGGAAGCAGAUAUUUCAUUCAUUGGUUCCCAUGCAUUUGCCCGCAUGGAGGGAGAUGUUGAUAAGCAGAGGCGCCUCAUCCUUCAGGGACAGUUGUCGGAGGCAGCACUGCAGAAACAGCAUCAGAGAAAUUACAAUCGCUGGCUGUGUCAGGCAAGAGGUGAAGACCUAUCCGACGUUGCUUCUCUCAAAGCCUUGUAUCAGACAGGUGUGGAUAAUUGUGGUCGCACGGUGAUGGUGGUAGUUGGAAGGAAUAUUCCUGUAACUCUGAUAGACAUGGAAAAGGCACUCUUGUACUUUAUCCAUGUCAUGGACCAUAUUGCAGUGAAGGAGUAUGUCAUAGUAUACUUCCACACGCUCACUAGCGAUUACAAUCACCUGGACUCCGACUUCCUGAAGAAAUUGUAUGACGUCGUCGACAUCAAGUACAAGAGAAACUUGAAGGCAGUGUACUUCGUCCACCCAACAUUUCGCUCAAAGGUCUCAACGUGGUUUUUCACAACCUUUACCGUCUCAGGGCUAAAGGACAAAAUCCACUAUGUGGAAAACCUUCAGCAAUUGUUCACAGCCAUACCCCCAGAACAGAUUGACUUCCCCCCUUUUGUCCUUGAAUAUGAUGCCAGGGAAAAUGGGCCUUACUAUUCUUCUUACCCCUCAUCUCCUGACCUGUGAUCUGCAGCCCUGCAAUACUGCUGGUUUCCCAUGGAGCCGAUGACCUGAUGCCUGCCGAUCCCAUGUGCAUUUGUCCAUGUACAGAAUUCAGAGAAAGGGUUUUGCCCCCAGCUCUGAUAUUUUUUUACUGAUGAGAUAUUUUCAAGCACACAAGCAAUCGGAGAACUUUAUGCCACUGUGAACUGUACUACUAUUUCAGAUCUAUUUAUCCAAAGGAAAAGUUGAUUUCAGGAUCACUUGGUGGAUUUUAUUUUCUUCUUUUGGAAGGUAUUGAGUUUUAUGCCUGAAUCGACUUUUUUGCUCUCCCGGAAAACCAUUAGAGAUACUUUAAUCAUGUUUUUACUUAAUAUUGUCUGGUUCCAGCUCCAUUUAGAAUACCCUGUUUUACAAAUGAUCUACAGCAACAGCCUGAUACUGUUGCUCAUCUUAUGGUCUAUGCUUCAGUUCCAAUUAUUUUUCCCUUCUCUUAGUGCUGAUUGUUCUAGUGAUGACCUUGCAAAAGUAGCUGGAAUCAGGAAUAUCAGUGUCAUGGAGUGAGCAAAGCACUAUGCCAAGCGAACUCUGUGGCGGUGUUUAGUACCAGAAAUGGUCUAGUUCCUGUUUGUUUUCCCUGGAAGAUGUGAUAAGUUGGGAUGCCAUUGCUCUCCCAUUAAGAAUAAAAUUGAAAAAUAUGUCUGCAUCUCUCCUGUAAUUCUAGGUAGUUGUGGUCUCUCAUCUUUCAAACAGACACGUGCAUAAAUGUUGUAAAUAAAUGCCACCUGCUUGACAUUGCAGCCAGCACCCUAAUUACUCUUGUAUGUAUUAAAAGAUUCAGUGAUGCA